AUGUCUCAGCUCGAUGAUGAGGAUAUUGAAAAUUUACUGCAGCAAUCUGACCUAGAGGAUAUAGGUGAUGAUGAGGACGACACAUGGGCCCCGGAUGCUGAAAAUGACGGUUUAUCUGAUGAUUCUGAGGACGACAUGCCUCUGUCUUCACUGCCGAUUUCUCGUGAAUCUGAUGAUGGAAAAUGGAUUAAAAAGAAGUUCCGUGGUAGGCCUACCGCAGUCCAACAGCCUCCAGACCCAGGUGAGCCACCAAAAUCGCCAGCAGAGUAUUUUGAAAACUAUUUUACUGAGGAAUUAUUUGAACAGUUUUCGACUGCCACUUCACAGUACUAUAUAGCUGAAAAGGGGUGUGCAAUGAAGCCACAAUGCUCGCCAGGUAGGCGGCGCGGGCGGCUGCGUCACGGCGCCAUUUGCGUAUGUUGCGAAAGAAAAAUGACGUUUAAAAUCGAUAUCGUAACCUUACUGGAACUUGUUGAAACAAGACCAUGCCUAUGGGAUAAAUCAUCGGACGCUUUUAAAGAUAAAGUUGUUAAACAAAGGGCAUGGAACGAGAUCUUGCGCUUCUUGGAAGAACGUUAUGAUGAAUUAACUACUGAUGAAAAUAAACUAGUUGGUAAUAAUUCAGAAGAAAAUAAAUUGAUUUUGCGACAAAGAUCACCAUCCAGAUUAUUGUCCGUAUCGUCAUCAUCGUCUUUUAGCACAUCUUCUUUGACUUCUAGCUCAUCUUCCUCCAGCAAUAGGGAAACAGAAGAAUGUAAUAAAGAAUCCAAUAAAAUCAUAAAUUUAAAAGAAAAAGGACUCCAUGGCCAUAGCUUAGAAAAUAAAACCAAAGAAAAUAAGGUAAGUAUAGAGUCAGUAAAUGAUAAUAUGAAAGAUGAGACUGCAGUAGAAAGUAUUUCAGAAAUAGAAAGUGAACCAAAAGCUAUUGAAUUGACCAAUAUGAAUGCUGAAAGUGAAGAAGGAAAGGAAGAAAGAGAUUUUUCAUCGGAUGAUAGUGUCGCAGAUCCUAAUUAUCACAUUGAAGAUAAUGAUUUAUCGUCAAAUUCGGAUGAAACAGUAGAAGAGAAUGAAGAAGAAAAUAUUUCACGUGAAUCAAACCAAAAUAUUACACUUACCGAAAAAUCAAGAAGUGACGUUUCAGGCAUUAUAGUGGAGGAUCUUCGAGGGAAACAUGGCAAUCACAGUCGCGUAGAUGAUAAUAUUAAAGAUAGUUUGAGAAAUUUCAUUAAGGCGAUACCAAAAAUAGAAAGCCAUUACUGUCGAACAGAUACACAGAAAGAAUAUAUUGAUGGAAGUAAGACUAUUUCAGAAAUUUAUAGAGAUUAUGUGAAACACUGUGAAGAAAAAAGAGAGAAAAGUGCUAAUUAUAUCAUGUUCAAUAGAAUAUUCAAUGGAGAAUUUAAUAUAGCAUUUUACCAACCUAAGGAGAUCAGUGUGAGGAUUGUGUUGCCUACAAUAACGCAAAUGGAGAAGAUAAAAAUCGACUGA